GUAAAAAUUUUCAGUAUCAAUAUUCAUUUUUAUUUUAAUAAUUAAUGUUUUUUCUCAAAACAAAAGUAGUUUCAAUAUUAAUUUGUAAUUCUAUUAAUUCAAAAAAAAUAUAAAAGAUAUUUGGAGUCAAAUAAUAGGUUAUGGUUGUACAAAUGAAAAAAUAGAAAUUAAGGAUAACUUAGGUUAAUGUAAAUGUUAAAAUGGCAGUUUAUGUGUUUGGACUUAGGAUAAGCCUAUAAUGGGAUGUCCCUGUAUGUAAGUAGCUUAGAAUAGUGGAAAAUAAUGUAUAGUUUAGGCCAAAAAAAACGGCUGUUCGUAAAAAAAGUUAGAAUGCAAUCCUAAUUUUAGCUCUUGUACUUGCCCUGAUGAUUCUUAAUGUAUUUGGGCAAAAGACAAAGAUAUAAUGGGAUGCCCUUGUGGAAGUGGAAAAAUGCCAGAUUUUGAAAAUAUAAAUUAAAAUAAUAAUAAUUAAUAAAGAAGAGGAGGAAAAAGAAUGAAAUAAGAAUUUUGA